GCCACUCAUUCCAUUCAUCACAUAUGCUCGAGUGAGACCAAACGAAGAACAACACAGAGAAACUUUUUGAGGAGGAUCAGAAGCUGAAGAGGGGCGACCAAGCUCUUAGAGAGAAGAUGAUGAUGGGUGCAAAGAUGGAGAUUGAGGAAGUGAUGGGAGGCUGCGAAGCACUGCCUCUCCUCUCACUGAACCACCUCUCGUUGAUGUGCCGGUCCCUGUGGGACUCAGUGAGGUUCUACGAGGACGUUCUCGGCUUCGUCCUCAUCAAACGCCCUUCUUCUUUCAACUUCAAUGGAGCUUGGUUGUACAACUAUGGAAUAGGGUUACACUUGAUUGAGAACCCAUCAAUAGAGGAAAACGACGCCAUUGACGAGCCACGUCCAAUCAACCCCAAGGAUAACCAUAUGUCUUUCCAAUGCACGGACGUGGGGCUGGUGAAGAGGAGACUACAAGAGAUGGGGAUGAGGUACGUGACAGCGGUGGUGGAGGAAGCGGGGGCGAAGGUGGACCAAGUCUUCUUCCACGACCCCGACGGGUACAUGGUCGAGAUCUGCAACUGCGAGAACAUCCCGAUCAUCCCCAUCUCCUCUUGCCCGUUCAAGCCCAAGCUGGGGACCUUCAACAAAGCGCCCGUGAGCAACUGCGGAUUCAUGGAGACCAUGAUGAUGGAGAGCCUCAGCAUGGACAUCAUGAACUUCUCCUUUUGAGAGCUCAAGUUUCAGUUCACAAGGAAAAGAUCAGAGACGGUGGUUGAAGAAGCAGCAGCAAAUUCAACAUGCUUUUCUUUUGACAAUUUGUGUGAAAUUAAGUACACUGUCUUGUUGUUUUGAAGGGUUGUAAUACUAAAGGACCUAAAUACGUAUGAGUGUCAUAAAUUGGCUGUUGAAGGGUUUAAGGGUGAUUAAUUAUCACAUGUUCCUCUUCAACUAUGUGUGUUACAAAAAUAUGAGUGAUUACUAUUAAUUCUAAA